AUGCCUUGUGGCUUGCAUCUUAAUUGUAUGACAGGCGGAAGUUUCAGUUGGAGGGACAUAUCAGUGAUAAAAGCCUCAUGAAUGAUUCUCAAAGGUAUUAGUCAGGGGCAAGAAAUUUUCUUAUCUGUUAUGGAACACAACUCCAGCAUAAUUUGACAUCUUGAAUCCUUUGUAUGUGGGAUCUAACAAGCAGAAACAAAUUUACUUGCCAAGAUUCUCCUAAAGGAGAUAACAGGAGAUACCAUGGAAGCCAUUGCAAAAUUUGACUUUAAGGCAUCAGGAGAGGAUGAGCUAAGUUUCCAAGCACGAGAUGUUCUGAAGAUCUUAAGCUCUCAGGAAAAUUGGUACAGAGCUGAGUUGAACAAUGAGGAGGGAUAUGUCCCAAAGAAUUAUAUUGAUUUUCAGGUUCCCUGCUGGUUCCAAGAGAAAGUAUCCCGCCACAUGGCUGAGACGAUGCUCAGGGAUAAAGGAGUUGGUGCUUUCAUAGUCCGAGCUAGUCAGAACGCCCAAGGAGAUUUCUCUAUCUCUGUCAGGCAUGAAGAGGAUAUCCAGCAUUUUAAAGUGAUGAAGGACACAAACAGCCAUUAUUUUCUAUGGAGUGAAAAGUUUCAAUCACUAAACAAACUUGUGGAGUAUUACAAAAAUGUUUCCAUCUCCAAAAACAAACAGAUUUUCCUGAGAGAAGAAACCAAGAAAGGAUCACAAGUAAACCUUAGAGAGGAAGCAUGUGAUAAGAACCAAUAUAAAAAGGGGUUGGAAGCACUCCAUCCAUCAAUAAAAGAUGCAAAAUCAUCAGAGCACAAUAAAUAUGAGGAUCCUUUUGCAUCUUGGCAUCAUAAGCAGAAUAGACAUGGCAGAAGCUUGGAUAUUCAAGAUCGACCUAGGGCCCCAAAGGAUUGUAAAGAGCCAAGUGCAACAUCUAUUUCCCGGAGACACACUGAUCCAGCACAACAAGUACAGAGGCCAAAAUGGGUUCGGGCCUUGUAUGAUUUUGAGGCGGCAGAGGGCGAUGAGCUAGGAUUCUGCACUGGAGACAUCAUAGAAGUCGUCGACAGCUCUGAUGAACAUUGGUGGAAAGGCUGUUUACAUGGAACACUUGGUCUCUUUCCUGCCAACUAUGUGCAACCAAUGAACUAAUAAACUGUCUUUGUUUCUCAUGGGGGUUUAAUAGGAAUGUGCCAUUGUAUAAAUAGAAGAUACUCUUAAAAUAUCUGGUUACUGUUCAUAGCUCCUUAAUCUUAACCACUAUUAAUUAUUAUUUAAACACACCAUCUCCUUUGAGCUAACAUUUCAGGAAACUAGCUAUGGGUAGGUUUGAUUCAUUUGAAACAUUAUAGCAGAAAAGUCCUUUUUGGACCACUGUCUCAACUCUUAAAUUCAUUCAGUACUUUUACAAUUUUACAAAGUAGAUAUAGGUAGUCCUCAACUUGCAACCAUAACUGAGCCCAACAUUUCUAUUGCUAACAAGACAG